CUGCAAGUCGCUUCCAGAUCAGGCUGUGAAGCUCUUGUUCGAUCUCUCCUCCGAUUGGGGGCGAGCCCCGACGGUCUGCCUCACGAAGCUGGUUUCCCUCUCGGAGCUGCGGCCAGGAGGGGGUAUUGCAGCAUCAUUCGCGUUCUUUGCGAUGCAGACGCCGACGUCAACGCGAAAGAUGAACGCCGCCAAGAGACUGCUCUCAUGAUCGCGUGCGAGAGCGGCCAGCUCGGUGCCGCUACCAUCCUUCUCGAUGCUGGCGCGAAUCUGCGUGCUGAAAUUGCGUUCCGGGAAACCUCGCUCUACAUGGCCGCU